AAGGCAGAACGUGCGGCCGAGUCACUGUGAAAGCAUAGGAAUCAUUACCGCGCCAGACCUCGAGGAGAGCAGACGUGUUUCUCGUUACUCUGAGCUCAGUCGAGAUCUCGUGUCGUUCGCAGUAGUUUAUUUACUCCGCUUUUACAUCUCCCGUUUUUCAACCCCUUGUUUCUUUCGGCGCGUCGCCGAAAUUUCGCUUUUUUUUACACGCGUGUGAUAUCUCGCGCCAAAGAGAGGACUCCGUGAAGGUGAUUUGUCGUCGAACGAAGAACGAUUCGAUCCUCGUGUCGCGUGUUGCAAAUUCAUCUCGCGACGACGACGACGUGUUUUUCUAUACUCGUUGCUUGAGUGAGACGUGGAUCAACUGGUGCGGCUGUCAGAUUAUCCACGCGGAGGACAUCGCACGUCUCGUGCUCCGAUUUAAGAACUCCGAGUUCCAAGUGUUUGCACCUCCUAACGCGGUAUAGUUCGCGAGAAGGGACAGAGUUUUUUUUACUCGUAUCUCGCGAUUAUUCCAUCGAAGUGACUGAGAGAUAGCGUGAAAGUGAUCUUGGUACUCUCCUCACGACAGUGAGAAAAAAAUAGUGACACUUUGCUUCUCGAUCCACAACGUCACACAUAUGCAUACGAUACUAUGCGUGCGCGCACCACGUGCGAUUCGCUACGAUGAACGUUGAAAGCGUGCGUGUGCGCCGGUGAACUGAAGACGGCCACGUGCCGCGUCUAAUACGCGCCUUAAUAUCCGACUCGGUGCAAGAAACUAUAGAUAGAUUAGGCAUCGAAGACUCCGAACGAACGAUUGAGGUGCGAGGGGAGAGUGAACAGUGUGAGCUCAACCACGAACCAUUUCUUGCUUUUGCAGUGCGUCGUUGCAGGGCGAAGCAGGAAACACGUGGAGUUUGAAACGCAUAACGCGAGGCGCGCGUCAACCUGCGCCUGCGAUCGAGAGAGAAAAAAGAUCAAGGGAGACGCACCAUGGCGAUACCAUUCUUGCCCCGCGAUGAGAACCCGCAAACGCCGGAGGAGCGACUGAUGCAGAUAUUAAUGCAUCUGCAGGAUGUACUCCGGAGCAGGAACGCCCACCAUCCGUCGCGAAAUCAUCGCGCGCCUCGCAAUCCCGAGGCCCAGCAGCCGCCUCUGGUGAUCUUUCUGCAACCCGGCGGCAGCUCCGAGGAUCUCUCGAAUCUGCCGUUGCCGGAUCUGGUGCAGUCGGCGGUGGAUCAGCUGCCGCCGCCCCAGGUGACAGUUUCCGUCCCCAACAGCCCGAUGAGAGACGCGACCUUCCAGUUCCCCGAGUGCAACAGCGGCGGCGCGCCGCUGCCAAGCCCAAGGCCACGACCGCGAAGACGCUUCGCUUCCGAGAGUUCCGUCAUGGAAGCGGGCCCGCUCGAGGUGAGCAGCUGCAACAACGGUAGCUCCUGCUGCUGUCUGAUUCUCAACGAGAGGCAGUCGUGGUCGAGCAUCGGUGCCAAUCUCAGGAAUAUCGCCGGCGACUUCCACGCGUGCAGGACCAAGGAUGCCGAGAUCGAGAAAUCGAGAUUGCCGGUCAUCGGACCGGGCCUGUCCAACGGUCGCAACAGCAACUCGUCGUCCACCGACAGCCUGCUGUCGUUGCUGAUCCCGACGCCGCUGCGAGAGACCCUCUGGGCAACGGUGGCCCUGUACCUCGGCUGGAGACUCGUCUCCCGUCUGCGAUAGACGCGUCGGCCUCGCCGAAGCCAUCGUUCCCGCCGACUCGAUCGGCGACCGGAACGAUGACGUUUGACGGAGCCGUUAGAACGGAUGGACUUCCGCCAGCGAUUCCCUUCCGGGUGUGUCUUCCGGAAGUCCUGGAAUCCGUGUGGACCGGACUGAUCGUCUGGAGAGGAAGUGGACAGCAGUCUGCGGCGCGGAUCUCACUUUGUGAUCGGACGGAUGGAAUGACUCGAGGUAUCGAGGAGACAAAUGUCUCUCUCGUUUUAAGUAUAUCCAUUCCGAUAACUCCGAUUGUAUUUUGUAUAUCUGUUUUUGUAUCUUAAGCGUCCCUGUUACGCGCGACCACGCGAGAAUGCGCUUGAAUGACUUCGGUCGGUUCCCAUUUGAUUGAGGGACCAUUCGACUGCUUAGAAGAUAUUGAUGUAAUUGAUCGAUAUGACGAUGAAAGUACUGAUGAUCGGUGUUUCUCAUUCUCGAUAAUUAAUUUUAUCAUUGAUUAACUUUAUAAUAUAAUAACAUUAAUAUAUUGAUUUACUUGAUAAUUGAGUAUUAGGAUAAUUGAUGAUGAUAUGAAAAAAUAUUGAUAUGAUAAAUCGAUAAUAAUAUCUAAUGAUAAAUGGCAUAAAUGUGAUAAUUGAUAAUCGAUUGAUUCAGCGAAGAUCAGAGUCGCUCUCUAUGUAACGUGUUUCCCUUCAUCUCCUUCAGGGACGAAUGGGUAAGAAAAGAUCUCUGAUUGGGAAGCUAUCCGCGGAUUUCUUGAUUAUUUUCUGUCGAUUAAAUCGACACCUCGGCGCUCGCCCGAUCUAUUUCGAUCUCGCUGCUGUUCGUCGCGAGAGUCGCGUGCUGUCGAGAAAUUAUGACUGUGAUUGAUGCCGUGGAGAAUGAUGGGGCGAGAGACGGCGAGAAUCACCAAGUACAAGCGCAUUCUCGCGCGAUGCGGGAGUCAUUCUCUCUGUACGUUCGCCGAUAAUUCGCCCCGCGAAAGACAGAAAGGGGAGUUUUAGGGGAUAGAUAAUCCGGGCGAGAGUAACCGAAUUGCGUAUUACGUAUAAUCGCGUCGAUCGAGACAGGACGCGAGAUAUAGAAAGGAGAGGGUACAGAGGGACGAGCCAAGGACGAGAUCCAAAGAGGAUUAAACCCAAUAAUCAAAUGAUGAUCUCAUUACGGAUAAAUAAAGAGAAUUAAAUAAAGUAGUGUGAUUACACGGGAGCGAGAGAGGGCGGACCACAACGUCCCUUAUUCUCCGACGUCUUCUCUUUGCGCGUCCGUUCCUCUCUUGGUCUCGCCAAGAUAGAAAAGACUACUCUUUCGACGUGCGGUUUGUAUAACGCGGUCUCCCUACCGAUACUCGACGGGACCGAAACAAACACAAAUUUCUUCCGACGCCGCGCGACGACAUUUCGCAAGGAUUGCUCAAUGUACAUUUGAUCCGAUGACAUCGCGAACCUAAUCAACGAAUCUAUUCCGUUUGAAUUAACAAUCGAUCGGCCUUGCCAGAUGUCGGAACGCCGUGACCGGAAAUACGUAUGUAUAUAUAAGACGAUCGAGAGGGAUGACGACGUAUUCCAAAAAAAAAAAAAAAAAGAAUGUAAGAGAAUAGGGGACGAGCGAGGAGAGACAGGGGAGCAAACUUGUGUAUGUAUAGAGGAUUUUUAUCUAAAAUAAUAAACAAACUCAGUAAAAUAAGUCGAUGUUAUAAUAAAUAAUUAAAAUAGAUAAUCGAUUAUAUAGGCCGAGGAUCGCAGCAUCUUGAUUGGCUAGCUGCGACUCCCGUGGACAGUUUUCAAAUGAUCUCCGGUAGCUUAGCUAUUAGGUGGGCGCCCUCGUCCAUGCGAGACGCCUUUCGCGACACAUCGGAAGGAGCACCUCCCUCUUUCCUGUGCGUACUUUUUCUACAACUCGUCUAUAUCCUUCUCUUUCCUUAUCUUUCUACCCCCUUUUUUUCCUUUCGUCAGCAAAUUGUCUUAUCGAUUCUCUCGCUCUGACUCACCUGUGUUCUCUCAGUUUUCUACGCGAUUCUUCCCUCUUCUCAUUUUAUUUCACUUCCUCGCUUCGCAGCUCGAUAUAGUUUAUCGACAACGGUUUUGUUGCGCGCGACGUAACGUAAUCUUCGAUGAUCUCGAGCGUGGCGUGUUUCGGUGGAAUGUCAUAUGUUGUUUUCGCUCGGCAAUCCAGAGAAAGAGUCUCGAUUUUCACGGUCGGGCGGGCCGGGAUUUUUCGUUUCGUGAUUUUUCUUGGGGCUCUGCAGGAACGGCGAAGAAAAUAGCGAGCGAGGGGGAGGAAACGCAUAUAUAUAUAUAUAUAUAUAUAUAUAUAUAUAUCCUUGGGCUUUCGGUUCCAGACUAUCGAGACCAAAACUAUCUGAGGCUGCUGUUGCUCAGUCGUCCCUGCGGGCCGCGUUUUCUCUUUUUCCCGAGUGCAAGUUCUAUUGCGUUUUUCCUUUGUCUCCCUAUCGAUAGGCUGAUUGUGACGUUACUCCGUCAAAGUAUUCCAAUGUGUAGGUCCAUAGUAUUUAUUUAUAGGCGAUACAGUUUUUCUAUUCGUCUAAAUAGGGUCGCGUCUAUGAGAGAUAAAUAGUAUUCAUGCGCGCGAGCGAGAUAUAUUACUGCCAUUUUUUCGAGAUAAGCAAAUCCUUGCCAGACGCUUCCUUCCGGGAGCGAUUUUGUGGAAAGUCAAUAAUAAUGUCGGUGUCCCGUAAUUCUUAAAGACAAAAGUAGUUAGCGUUGAGACACAGAUAUUUUAAGAGAGUGCAAAAAUGAAUUCGUGGAACGCGCUGCAAGGAGAUGUCGUAUUUAACGCGUCGUUUUAAUCACAGUACGCGCAAAUUUUCGACUCUUUAUCGUGUGUAUUUAACGCUCCAUUUUGUCGUAUUUUGCGAGCACACAUCACUUCUCAUUUUCAAAAAACUCAAAUACAUUUCCGCGGAAGGCGGGUCAUCCGUUGAAUCCAACUAUAUUUAGCUGAGAUUAAAUUUCCAUUCAAACACUCUCAGCAGAGUGUUUAAAUAU